AUACCAUUCCAGAAUUUUUUUUGGAUUUGUUUUAUGGCUGUUUUGUGUUGUAGUAAGGAGAAAUAGGUUUUGCGGUCUGCUACAAUAAGCUUUAUUGUCAACUUGUUCCACAUUAAGAGAGGUACUGAGGUUGAGGUAGUGUUCCUCAUUUUGGAGAUGGAAGGUUGGAAUCUAUGGAUUUUGACGGCAAAUCACUCAGGAUUCAGACACUCAUUUUUUGUGUGCUACAAUAACUUUCUAAAAGAAAAAACUGUCCGGGUUUUUGACUCUUUUCUCCAUUAGUGUUUGUCUUUUCUCGUGAUUCUUGACGGGAAAUGUGCAUCUGUACUUCAGGAAAGAAAGCACUGUAAAAAUCUUAGUUACACACUCUUUAGCAACAGUGGGGAACUAUCACAUUAGAAUCACCGUACUUUUCGACGCUUGUAAUGUGUAGUAUGUCCCUUCUCGGUUGCUGUCCACACAGCAUUGUGGGAUAACAAUGGCGGCUUCUUUUGGUGGAAACGUAAAUAAUAGCUCAUCUGCUCCGGUUUCUAAGGCUGAGUAUUUGAAGAAAUAUUUAUCUGGUGGUAGCAAAAGUCAUAGUGAUUAUGCUGUGCCUAAAAAGAAAAGGAAAAAGAAGCUCAACACAAGUGGAAAAGGGAUGCGGAUAGUAGAUGAUGACGACGUGAGCUGGCAGAAGAAUAUUAAUGUUCAAGAAGAAGAAGAUGAGGAGGAAGAUGUGCCAGUGGUGGCAGAGGUUAUUGAUGAAAGGCCAGAAGAAGUGAAGAGAAUGGAAAUCUUCAAGAAAAGCAAUAGAUGGAAGUUGUUGGGAGAGAAGAAUGAAGGCUCUGGAAGUACAUUUAGUUUUGCUGUCAAGCCAGCAAUGAGUUUAGAGAUGACAGAAAGAAGCAAAGAAGACAGGACAGUGAAUAGCUGGCAGCAGGCUUCUGAUACAUCGCCACUCCGGAGGGCUCGUAAUGAUUCCCCCAGUGCAUCACCACCUAGGAGAGUAUACCAUGAUUCUUCAGAUACUUCUCCCAAGCAGGAGCACCGUGAAUUACAAGAUCACUUGCCUUCCAAGAAGGAACAUAAUAAAUUGCCUUCUGAGAGAGCAUAUCAAGAAUCUGUAAACCUCUUGCUGCCUAUGAAGGCACAUCAUGAUUCAGUGAACAUCUCAUCUCCCAGGAGGGAGCAUCAAGACUCUUCAGAUCCCUCAUCUCCUUGGAAGGAGCAUAAUGAAUCCAUAGAUGCCUCUCCUCCCAGGAAGGAGUUUCACAACUCAGAGGAUGCAUCUCCUCCUAGGAAUGAUCCUCACAGCUCAGAGGGACCCUUGCCUCCUAGGAAAGAGUGGCACAGCUCGGAGGACACCACAACUUCCAGAAGUGAGAAUCAUAAAUCAGAGGAUACCUCACCACCCAGAAAGCAGCAUCGUGACUCACCAGUGUCCAUUACUUCCAGUGGAGAGCAUCACUACUCACUGGACCUCUCAUCUUUAAAAAACGAGUGCCCCAACUCACUGGAUCCCUUGACUUCCAGUACAGAGCAUCAAAACUUACUGGAACUAUCAUCUCCCAUGAGAGAGUGUCAUGACUCAUCCGAUUCCUUGCCUCCUGGGAGGAAGCAAAGUGACAAACCAAGCCCUUCACCUCCGAGGAGGGAACAUUACAAUUCAGCAUAUUCCUCACCUCUCAGGAAUGAAUUUCAUGGCUCACUGGACCACUCACCUCAGAGUAGGGAACAUCAUACCUCACCAGACACUUCUUCACCCAGGAGGAACAGUAAUGAUUUGCCUGACCCUUCAUCUUCCAUGAGGGUGAAUUACAACUCAGCGGAGGUCUCGCCUUCCAGGCGGGAGCAUCAUGACUUGGUUGAAUCCUUGUCUCCCAGGAAUGAGCGUCCUGUCCCUGUGCACUCCUCACCUUCCAGAAAGGCACAUUAUAACUCACCAGACCCCUCAUCUCCUAGGAAGGCUCAUCAUGACUCACCUGACUCCUCAUCUCCCAGGAAGGAGCAUCAAGGCUUACCAGACCCCUCUUCUCCCAGGAAGGAGUAUCAAGCGCCAUCUGAUCCCAUACAUCCGAAAGUGGAGCAUCAUGACUUACCAAGCCCUUCUUCUCCCAGGAGGGGACAACAUGACUCGCCUGAUCCCUUGCCUCCCAGGAGGGGGCGACAUGGCUCAUCAGAUUCUUCACUUCCCAAAAGGGGACAACCCAACUCACUGGACUCCUCACCUUCCAUGCGAGGACUACAAGUUUUUCCAUCUCACCCACUUCCCGGAAGGGGGCGUCAAGACUCACUGGACCCAUCACCUCCCAGGAGGGGGAGAUAUGACUCACUGGAUCCUUCAUCUCCCAGAAGUGGGAGACAUGAUUCACUGGACCCAUCACUUCCCUGGAGGGGGAGACGUGACUCGCUGGACUCCUCGCCUCCCAGGAGGGGACAGCACAACUCACAAGACCCAUCACCUCCCAGGAGGGGACGUCAUGACUCUCCAGACUCCUUGCCUCCUGGGAAGGUGCAGAAUGACUCACUAGACUCCUCACUUUCCAGGAAAGGGCGGCACGAUUCACUGGACUCUCUUCCUCCCAUGAGUGGGCAACAUGACUCAUCAUACUCUUCGCCUCCCCAUAGUGGGUGUCAUGACUCACCAGACUCCUCACCUCCCAGGAGGGGGCGACAUGACUCUUCUGACUCCUCAUCUCCCAGGAAGGGGCGACACAUCUCACCAGAUUCCUCACCUCCCAGGAGGGGGCGACAUGUCUCACCGGAUUCCUCACCACCCAGGAGGGGACGGCAUGACUCUUCUGAAUCCUCGCUUUCCAAGAGGAGGCGACGUGACUCUUCUGAUUUGUCACCUCCCAGAAGACAGCACCGCCCAGACCAUUUAUCCAGCAAAAAAAAUGGUGACUCAAAAGAUCAUUCACAUUCAAGUAGAAGUAUGCAACAGCCACAGCAGGUAAAGUCUUCACAGCAACCAGGGAAGAGGAGGCGACAUGAAUCCUGUAGUCCAUCUCCUCCCCAGCGAAAGCAUCAUGAUUCUUUUGAACUUUCUUCACAGAGAAACGACAGAUGCAGUAAACAAGGUUUGUCUUCCAGUAGAAGACCAUAUCAGCUGAAGAACAGCAAUUCUUCCCCAGUGCCAAAAAAGGCCAAAAUGUCUUCCAGUCCUAGUCGUCAGAGGCAUGAUUCAGAUUCUGAUCUUUCUCCUCCGAGACGCUCUUGUAAGACACCAGAUUCUGAUCUUUCCCCUCCAAGGCACAGUCGUAAGACUCCAGAUUCUGAUCUUUCACCCCCACGAAGAAGUCAGAAGCCACUUCAGAAACAUGGAAGCUCUGAUUCUGAUCUUUCUCCUCCCAGAAAAGGCCAGUCAAAGUCUUCUGACUCUGAUCUGUCACCACCACGGAGGAGUUACAGUGAUGGACGAAGACCCCACACUAGUGAAAGUGCUGGCCCAUCUUCUUCUAAACACCAGAAAGGCUCUCCACAAAGGUGCAGAGAGGAAAGUCAUCAGGGAAGACAUAUGCUUUCUGGAGGAAAGGCUGGUUUGGUUUCCGCAGAUGUUCUCAGAAAAGAAAAAGAUGAAAUAAAGCAACGGGAGAAAGAAAAUAAACACUUGGAAGAGAAUGCCAGGAAUGCUGAAACCAUCUUCAGAGAUAAAAGUGGCAAGAAGAGAGACCUCCAGCAAGAACAUUCUGAACAGAAACUGAAGGAUGUAGAGAAAGCGGCUCGAGAAGAAAAGUAUGCUCGCUGGGGGAAAGGGUAA